GAGGACGUGGCUUUUCGCGCCGCGGAGGUGGUCGGCGGCGGAGGCGGCCUCGGCCUGAUGCUCAGGGCGGCGGUGGCCCUGCCCGCUGGCACGAGCGACGGCGCUGCGCCCGGGGAGCAGCGUGCGGCGGGCGACUCGCAGGCGCCGUUGACGCCCCCCUUCAGCCAGGUGGAGGUCGUCAGGACGGUGGAGGGCUGGGUCGGCGGCCUCGGCGUCGGCCUCACGCACCGCGCGCCGCAGGAGCUGCUGGCGGCCGGCCUCCCGGCCCGGGCCUCGCAGGUCCCGGGCGCCUUCGUGGUGGGCUACCACGGCGGGGUGUUCCUGGGCGGGGCGGAGCAGCCCGCCGCGUGGCAGCCGGACUCCCUGAGGGAGGGCCAGCGUGUCGGCGUUCUGCUGACCGCAGGCGAGCGGCGGGAUCUGCUGGUCCUCGUGGACGGCGAGCGGGCGCUGCGGGUGGACGGCGAGAGCCUGAAGGCCGCUGGGCUGCGCAGGGCGCCGCUGUACGCCGUGGUGGACGUCGUCAACGCGACGAGCGCUGUCCGACUGGUGGAGCGGUCCUCGCCGCCGCCUCGCGAGCUGUGGAGCGCCGCGUCGCCCCGCGACUGGGA